AUGACUUUCAAACUAAUAAUCUCACUUCUGACAGAGGCACAGCCCCCCCUCCCCGAGCAUCUUGGGGGUCUGAGCUUGGCACGACAUACUGCACGCACAUGGCUACCCAAUCACUCUGCUCUAGGAUCGCAGCUGGAUACUGAAAACAGGCUGAUGACGAUCACUAAUGUAAAAAGAGUGUUGAUGUAGACGGUGGGAGGAUCAGCAGCGACCCUCCUCUACGGCCCCAGAGUGGGCAGCAGCCAGUGGGCGUGAGGGGCGGACGGCAGCCGCUAGGGGAGUUGUCUACAUCCAGGCAAUCCCAUUGGGCUGCCUUAAUAAGGGCAAACACGUUUCUUCUUUUUUACGGGCAACCCCGCCUCCUUCAGGGGUAUAGAAAUAGAAAUAGAAAGGUUUGGGGGUGAGAGUGAGGACACAGCAGCAAAAAUAAAUCUGUUCAUCCGGCUCCCACGUAUCCAGUUGGUGUGAUUUUUUAUUAGCUGGAGGAGAUUGAUAUCACUCCUUUGCUUAGUAUCUGCAGCAUCUGAAGCCCCCCAAAAGGGUCCUGCAGAAAUUGUGCACAACCUUUUUCAAAUAUCGAAUUAGUUUGACAGAUUUUUUUGAGGGAAUGGCACUGGACUUCGUUGCAGGCUGCGUAGGGGGUGCUGCUGGUGUUUUAGUUGGACAUCCAUUUGAUACUGUUAAGGUGCGGCUUCAAGUUCAAAAUGCGGACAAACCUUUGUACCGUGGGACAUUUCACUGCUUUCAGUCAAUCAUACGUCAGGAGUCGGCUCUUGGGCUGUACAAAGGCCUUGGUUCACCAAUGAUGGGGCUGACAUUCAUCAAUGCCAUAGUUUUUGGUGUGCAGGGCAACGCCAUGCGCCAACUUGGUCAUGAUACACCGCUCAACCAGUUCCUGGCUGGGGCCUCUGCUGGAGCCAUCCAGUGUGUCAUUUGCUGCCCAAUGGAGCUCCAAUGCACUGACUGA